AUGGUCGAGCUCAUCAAUUCUCCCGACUCUCGAGCUUUGCUCCCUCCUCUCCUCGCUUGUCUUCCUACAGCUUUUGUCUCUCCACGCCCGCCACCAGCCCUCCUCCCACUCCUCUCCCCAAUCCUCCGCCAACGACUCCAAAUUCUCACCUCAGUAUCUACCUCCCCGGACGAGUCAUGGUUGAAGCUUCUCUGCUGGGAGCCCGCCAAGGCGGACCGUCUCCAGAGCAUCGUCGACAGCACCACUUUUGAGCCGCACCCUGUCUCCGGCGAGAUCGAGCUCACGGACGACAUGCCGGCAACCUACAAACGGAUUGACGACGAGACUCUCCAGUCACUAGUCGUGCUGCCGGAGUACAGUCUCGCCGUGAUCUACCUAUGGUGCCCCACCGACGAACAUGGCCGCGGCUGGCGCGUGGCGGAACUACUUCCGCGCGAGAGCCCAGCCGACGACGAAAACACCUGGGCCUCUUCCAUUAGCGAAGCAACCACACAAGCAAAGGACAGGCUUUUGGCAGAAAUUUUGGACGAAAAGGACGAAAAGUCAAACAGUGAACAACAAGCCAAGGACGAAGAAGAUGACGAUGACGAUGAUUACUGGGCUCAGUAUGAUGCCACUCCAGGCGGCGGGGAAACACCCAAUGUGAAGACCCCCGCACCAGCAUCCUCGUCAAAGGGUCCCUCCGGACUCUCUGAAGCAUCGUACUUCUCUCAGUACGGUGACGUACAACCGGCCAUGGAUAGCCAUGAUCCGACUGAGGAACAGCCAGAGGUUGGGCCCUCGUCUUUGAAUGGGGAUAUUCUCGCCAACCUACUACGUUCAUCAAUGGGUGGAUCUGAGGGCCCGGAAAAUGGACCUCGCACAAAUGGUUACGCCCACGAUAACAUCCCCAAUGAGGCGGCUGCCCAUGCUCUCAAUCACCCCCGCCCUGCAUCUGCUUCCUCGGGCAGUUCCGAUGCUGUCGCGAAGCUGGAGCAGGAAGCGGAGAGCCAGUCUACCUACGAAGUAGGCGUGAAGCAACACAUCAGUACCAGUAUCAAGAGCCUAUUCCGUCUGGCCAAGGCGACGGGCAUGUCACGAAGCGACUUCCAGUCUCUGGUUCAGACUGAGGUGCAACUUUUGAAUAUGACAGAUAACGAGUGA